AUGAAGCUUAAGAUCAACAAGGCGUGCGACCUCGCCUCCAUCUCCGUCCUCCCUCCCCGGAGGACCAGAGGGAGCAGCGGUGGCGGUGGUGGUGGCGGGACGAGCGCGCCUGCUGCUGCUUCCGCGGCUCAGCAGCAGCGGUCCCAGUCGAUGUCGCAGAAGUCCUUCUCGCAAUGCAUCGGCGCGUCCUUCUCACAGGGCAUAGGCAGCGGAGGCGCGUCCUUCUCCCAGGGCAGCGGCGGCGGAGGCGCCGCGUUCUCUCAGGGCGGUGGAGGCGGAGGCGCGGCGUUCUCUCAGGGCGGAGGAGGCGCGGCGUUCUCUCAGGGCGGAGGUGGCGGAGGCGCGGCUUUCUCUCAGGGCGGAGGUGGCGGAGGCGCGUCCUUCUCGCAGGGCGGUGGCAGCGCGUCCCUCUUGCACGCGCAGUCGCAGCUCUCUCAGGCCUCCCUCGACGAGAGCCUCCUCAGCCUCCUCUCGCAGGCCCCCGCGCGCGACCAGAGAUUUGCCAUGCAAGAGGACCCGUCGAAGCGGAUGUCUUCGUAUCUUGCCAGUUCAGCUUCUUCGUGUAUGCGCGACGAAUCUCAGCUGCAACUUGCAAAAAUACCAACCAACCCUAUCCACCGCUGGAGCCCCUCUUUUCUGGAUAGCAGAUGUCAGGUUAAUGAGGAUGUUGAGCGCAAAUUUCUGCAUCUGGCAAGUUCAGUACAGAAGAUGGGAAUGAUAUUAGACUCAGUGCAAAAUGAUGUGAUGCAGUUAAACAGAGGCAUGAAGGAGGCAUCACUAGACUCUGGUAGCAUUCAGAAAAAGUUUGUGCUCCUAGAGGACUCUCUAAAGCAAAUUCUUAAGGGACAAGAUGAUCUCAAAGCACUCCUCAAGGGAAGCACGAAAAGUAAUCCUGACCAGCUGGGUAUUCUCACCCGCAAACUGGAUGAGAUAUCCUCGAUACUUUCAGUCUUGCCAAAGCAAGUUCAAACAGAAUUCGAGCAAUUCAAGGGUGACAUCUUUAGAUUUUUUACAAAAGAGAUGGAGGGGGUCGUUAGAGCUGUCAGAUCUCUCGAUAGUAGGCUGCCCGGUGUGAUGCAAAUGCUGGCAGACCAGAGCUGCACCACCAAUGCAAAACCCCUGAUGAACCACACAGCAGCAGAAAAUGGAAGCCCCCUGAUGAACCAGACACAAGUAGCAGAAGGAAGCCCCCUGAUGAACCAAGGACCGGUAGCAGACAGAAGGCCGCAGAAGAAACCGACGGCAGUAGCAAAUGGAAGGCCCAAGAGGAAGAACCAAACAGCAGUAGCAAAUGGAAGGCCCCAGAGGAAGAACCAAGCAGCUGGAGCAAAUUGGAGGCCCCACAGGAAGAAACCAACAGAAAUAGCAGCAAAUUCAAGGACCCAGAGGCACCUCACACGAGUGGCAAAUGGAAGGCCCCAGGUGAAACAAACAGAAGCAGCAGAUGGAAGGUCGCAGACGAACCAGAAACCCGAGGCAAAUGGGAAAGCCCUGAUACCAGUAACAAAACCCAUUCCUGUGCCCGUGGUUUAUCAUCGAAAGGCGGUUGAUCUGAAGCCAAGGGUGGAACAGUGGAUGGUACCGAAACUGGCUGGCCCAAGCUACAGCAGGCCAGCGCCACCUAAAGAGCAAGAGUUGGCCAUUCAGAAGGUCAAUACAGAGGCGCCAAUCAACAAGAUGCAGGCGACGCUGGGCAUUCUAAUCGACUCGGACGACGACGGCGACUACGAGGGGGCUGACAGCGACUGGAGCGCCUCCUGCGUGAUCCUGAAGUUGGAAGCAGGGUGUCCGGGUGAUGAGGUGGUGGCGGAGGAGGCGACGAGCGAGGGGGAGGGGGAGGCGCUAGAGAUCCUGAGGCGGGCGAGGAAGCGGCGGCGGAGGGAGGCGAACGCCAACGCCAACGCCACCGUGCUCGUCCAAGACCAACGCUGAACUGAGGCUCGUACAGCAACCCAACGGUAACGCGUGGCUCCUACGGUGGGUCGACACUCGACAGAAAGUGCUUUAACAGAGGUGUGGUUAACGGGGCAUACAGGACAGGUUACAGACGCCGGGAGAGGUAAAAAUUCACACACUAUCUCACCGUGUGGUGAUGUGAUGUACAGACAGAGACAAGUACAGUAUUUUUCUUCUUUUUCCCUUUGCACAGACGAAAUGGAGGCUCGUACUGCUAAGCAAGUUUAAGAUUUAUCGGAAAAGGAGUUGAACUCUAGAUAUGUUCUCACUGAAAACUUGAUCGAGAAAGGAGCUUUGUUAUUGGAUCAAAAUACUCACGUCUCUUAAAUCAUGAUCAGAGUCAAGGCUAGCUUUGUACUGAUCUCAUUAUGCGAUAGCAAUGGAGAAGGAUAACG